UGUUUAUGCCCAUCUCAACACCAUUUGCUUGCUUUUUUCCUCCAUAGACCUUGGAGAUCGUUUCCCGGCCUGAAACGCAGACCUGGUUGGAAUCCAUACCGGUGCUGCACUGUUGCACUGCACCCAGAGACUGACCGACCUGCCUGGUUCACACCUGCAUUUUUCGACUGCCGGACUCUUCCCCCCGUCUCUUCCCCUGUCUUUGAAUCCUCUCUUCGAGAUGGACACGGAGAGCUCUCAUUCCCAGGAUAAUGACUUUGCACAAUCACCCUGGGUUGACAUGGGAGGGUUUCACCCGGCUCAGCAGUCACCACCACUCGACGACUACCAUGGAUUCCCGUACGGGGUGAUUCCCUUGGACUCGGCCUACGGGGUGACAAUACCGCCCCCUUAUGCUUCUCUCCCUUUGACGUUGCCAUCGAAUACGUGGCCGAGUAUGCUCACCAACCAUCAAUCCCACUUCCCGGAGGGGGGUUUGCCGCCAGUUCCCAUUCCGCCUUCGUCGGUCUCCCCCGUUACCCCAAUCCCGCCCCCGCGCAAGUCCUCCACGAGCAGCUCCACUCCGCGGAGAACGCUCACGGAUGAGGACCGUCGGCGAAUGUGUCUCUAUCAUGAGGAGAACAAAACUGCUAAACAGACAGACAUUGGAGGUAAGACCCGUCAACUGCCGUGUCACCUCUCUCCUCUGUUAGACCAGCGUGCUAACGGAUUACAGCAUUAUUCGGGGUGGAAAGAAGGUACAGUUCAUGCAUCUCCACUAGGUCAGAUUAGCCAUGUCUAACCGAUAUCCUUGACAGUACCGUUUCAAAGGUCCUGCGCCAGAAGGAAAAGUAUCUUAACCCUGAUGAUGGAAGCCGUUCCCCUAUCAAAC